AUGGCUGAUGUUUUGGGCGACGCGUCGUUGGAGUCACUAUCAGACUCCGCGGAAGACGUGGAGAGAGAGGACCCUAGCGGGACUGGAAGUUCCCCCUGCGGCGAGGACACGCACGUUUGCCACCCAUGCUGCGCCGAAUUCUUCACUCGCCGCGAGCUGAGCGAGCAUCGGAAAUCCUGCGUCGGGGAUCGCUCGGUGUUGAUCGAGAGAGAUGGCGAAGGCGGUGCCGACGAGUCGCCGACGGGACCCUCGCCGGUUCCCAGCAUGGGGUCCGGCGGCUCGUCGGCGGUGACCGACAAUGAAAGCCAAGACGAGGCUAUGGAGGUAGAACUUCGGCCGCAGGCCAAAUACGCCUCUAGCCCAACGCCGCCAGAUUCGGCGGAGACCCCGCCGUCUCUGCCGAGCACCAACGUGACCCUGGAGAUCCUGCACAGCACCAGGGUGGCCGUGGCCCAGUUCUCGCAAGGGGCGGUCGGCGGCACCGCCGGGCGGUCAGCCUCAGCUGCCGUCCCGGUCAUCCUGGAGCACCUGCUGGCGCUGCAGGAGCAACAAGUCCACCAGCUGCACCUGAUCGAGCAGAUCUGCAGCCAGGUGGCCACCAUGAACGGGCAGCCGAGCAAGAAGGCGUUAAACCCAGCCUCCGGAGCCUCUUCCCUCGCGGCACACCCUUACCCUCCUCCCGUCCUCCCGCUGCCAGGAAAUGCGCCCCCUAGCGUCAACAGCCAGGCUGCUGUUUCGCUGUCAACCGUGCCUGAAAAGUCACAAAAUCUCCCCUCGCAAACUGAAUGCAGGCAGCCGGUCUUUAGAGAGGUGGCAUGUACUUCAGACUCUCCCUUGGAAAACCCAACUCCAUCCCUCUCCAGUUGUAGCAACAUCUCUGCAUUAAUGCCUCCGUACGCUGGCUCGCAUCCAAGCUCCCCGAGUCCUCUCUCGCUCGGGCAGGGUAGCCUCCCCUUCCUGCCUCACCCCCCCCCCAGCAGCGUCAUCUUCCCCAAUCCUUUGGCCAGCAUCGCCGCCACGGCCAAUGCGCUCGACCCGCUGGCGGCCGUGAUGAAGCACCGGAAGGGGAAGCCCCCCGGCGCGUCGUUGUUUGAAACAAAGCCUGGCCCCGAGGAGCCCUUCUUCAAGCAUAAAUGCCGCUUCUGCGCCAAAGUGUUUGGCAGUGACAGCGCCCUGCAGAUCCACCUGCGCUCCCACACUGGAGAGCGGCCCUUCAAAUGCAACAUCUGCGGCAACCGCUUCUCCACUAAGGGCAACUUAAAGGUGCACUUCCAGAGGCACAAAGACAAGUAUCCUCAAGUCCAGAUGAACCCGUAUCCCGUGCCAGAGUAUCUGGACAAUGUGCCGACGAGCUCCGGGAUUCCCUACGGAAUGACUGUGCCACCAGAAAAAGCCGCCGCUUCGUGGCUGGACAACAAACCUGUCUUAGCCACCGUGCCAGCCUCUGUGGGUCUUCCACUCUCCUCCACUAGAGCCAGCAUCGGGCGCUCCAGCGAGUCCUCAAGUGUAGCGCCAUCUGUUCAGUCCCUGUACCAGCCGGCUUCUGGUGAGUGUGUGUCACCGAGAGGCAGCGAGGCUCGAUUGUCUCCGGUUUCAGACACUCAAGAGCCCAACCAGGAGCAAGACGGAUCCAGUAACAUAAAAACAGAGGAGGUACACCUUCCGCAAAGCUGCUCUCAGAUCCUGAGAACUACUCCAGUAACUCAGGCAACCAGCAACACAUCUAAAGCUACCACGCCAGAAACUGUAGCAUCAGGAUCUCCCGCGUCCAGCUCCCCAUCGCCGCUCCCGGUAAACUCGGAAGAUUUCUCUCCCGGCGGCGCCCUGGACUCUAUGCAAACCUCGGAAACCUCAAAGCUGCAGCAGCUGGUGGAGAACAUCCACAAAAAGAUCACGGACGGCAACAGGUGCGUCCUGUGCAAGCGAGUCCUCAGCUGCCCGAGCGCACUGAAAAUGCACUACCGCAUUCACACGGGCGAGAGACCCUUCAAGUGCAGGGUGUGCGGCCGCGCCUUCACCACCAAGGGCAACCUGAAGACCCAUGUGGGCGUUCACAGGGAGAAUCCUCCGGCACAGGUGCAACACUCGUGUCCCAUUUGCCAGAAGAGGUUCACCAACGCCGUGGCCCUCCAGCAGCACAUCCGCAUGCACACGGUCGAGCAGAUUCCCGAUUCGGCUCUGCUUGAUGGGUUUCAGGAGCCGGAGGGAGAGAACGAGAAGAACUUGGAUAGUCCCAGCAGCAACGACCUCGCCGAUGAUGUCUCCAUGGAGGGUGAGGACAGGGAGGAAGGACAGCAGGGAGAAAAUGUGGUCAGCUCUCCUAAGUCUUCGCCAGAGAACCAUCUGAUUGACUCCACGACGAACCUCAGCACCUCUUUUGGGGAUAAGAAUGGCGAUGAUGACCAGAUCCAGAUUGAAUGCUCUUUAACUGAGAAAGGGAUGGAAAAUCUGGGAACCACUAGCCCCCCUGCGACGCCGCCUCUAUCACCUGCACAAAGUACUGACUUUCGGGAACUUUUCGCUGCGUCUGUGAAGAAAGAACAAAUUGAAUCUCCUGGCUUUGCCCCCCUACAACUGAAAGGAACACAAAGCAUCCCCCACCUAAUGACCAGCGGGUCAACUAGACCGAUAAAGACAGAGGUGAAUGGUUACACCGAACCGUACCCGACGUUUGCCAUCAACUUGUCGGCCACCUACCCGUCAGUCACCAGCCCUGGAAUAGCCGCCCUGCUGGCACCGGCGCCCCCUCGCCGGGCUCCCAAGCAGCACAACUGCCGCGCCUGUGGGAAGAACUUCUCCUCGGCCAGCGCCCUUCAGAUCCACGAGCGCACGCACACCGGCGAGAAGCCCUUCGUCUGCUCCAUCUGCGGCCGAGCCUUCACCACCAAGGGCAACUUGAAGGUUCACAUGGGAACGCACAUGUGGAGCAACGCUCCGGCCAGGAGGGGGCGGCGUCUCUCGGUGGACAACCCCGUGGCCCUGCUGGGCUCGGACGCCGUCAAGUUCGACCUGGCCGCCCGGGCCGUGCACGUGGACGCCGGCUUCUGGAGCCGCUACGCCGGCGCCAUCACCGGCGGCCUGGCCGUGAAGAACAACGAGAUCUCGGUGAUCCAGAACCGAGGCGUGACACCGCCGCGCCCCUUCGCCACCGCCGUGGACAGAGCCAACGGCGCGGCCAGGCCCGUCGCGAGCCUGUCCAAGAACGGCGUGCAACUGGCGAACGGCAGACAUUUUUCGAUGCUGAUUGAUGACAGUAAAGAGCUGGGAAUCAACUGAUGCAAUCGCUUACGGACAUUAAAGUAUUUGUAAAACAGCUGGUUUCUUUUUGUAUACCGUGAAUCCCUGCUCAUUGCUGGGGAUAAGUAUGAGACCAUAUCAAAAAAACAUGUGUUUUUUUUUAAAUAUAGUUUUCCCCCUCACA